AUGGAAAAGACGCGGAAAGGAGCGACCGAGCGUAUUAUGCAGUCGGCUGGCAUUAUUAUGGGGAUGCGACAUGACACCUCGGACCAUAUCUUUUGCCGUGACGAUUCUCAUCAGUUGAUCAGAUCUCGCUGUGUCUGCAACCUUUCUGACAGCAUUUCCAAGUUGGGAAACACUUUUUUCGACAUUUUCGCCCGUUGGCAUGCCCCAGGCGAUGGUCGAAUGGCGCAAGGAACAAGCUUCGGCACUUGA